UUUCAGGGAAGAAACAUUCUAAGCUUGUCAAAAGUUAUGGCGAUUCUGAGUGUGUUCGUUGUUUUUGGCUGUGUGCUAACGUUUGCAGUUACUAGAGCAAAUUCAGAUGAGUGCAGAGCCAUUCUAUUCAACUCAGUCACCAAAGACAAGUAUUUACUUAAUCACAUAAUCAAAACUGUGCCAGUUAAAAGUGAAGAAAGCUGUGAACUGAUUUGUUAUGAGGACCCUGACUGUGUGUCUUACAACUACGGACCAAUAUUAAGUGAGAUUCCUUUAUGUGAACUGAGUAAUAGCACUCAUUUACAAGUCACCAGCGUGAAUUUCGUGUCCAGAAAUGGCUACAGCUACCGAGGAAUUAAGAAUCCUUGUGAAAGCAGCCCAUGUCAGAAUAAUUCUACUUGUCAAGCUGGGUUUACUUCAAAAAGAUACCGUUGUAUCUGUCCACAAGGAUUCAAUGGAGAGAAUUGCGAACAAGCCGUUCUGCCUCAGAACUGUUCCCAAGCCCCAAAUACAACAGGAGUCUACAAAAUUUCUGGUUACGGGUCAGAACCAUUCCCAGUGUACUGCGACCAGACUAGUGACGGAGGAGGUUGGACGAUGAUAUUCAAAUAUAUUGGAGGACUAUCUUCUUCACCAACUGGUAAAGCGCUCUGGCGGUCAUCCGCUACAUCAUCAGAAAAUACUAUCGCUGCCUUAGAUACCACUACAACCUUCCAAGGAAACUAUAAAAACCGUCUCGUUCAAAGUUGGCAAACGCUUAAUCCUCAAGAGGUUCGUGUGGUGCUUUACAAGAAUGGAGCAGAAGUUAUAGCUCUGAAAUUCAAUGCCAGAGGGACAAGUAACAUGAACUGGUUUACACAAAAUAAUCUGAUUCAAUCACCAUGGACUGAUCUGAAGAGCGCAACAACUUUAAAACCCUUUCGUAUCAAUGGCUAUUACGGGGCACGCAACUUUGAAAUUUCAGCUCGCUACGCAGGAUGUCGCAACGAUGCUGGCUGGUUUGUUAUCGGGGGACCUCACUGUAACUGGGAGAGAUUUUACCCUGCACCGGCAAUACUGUACAGCAAGAAAACUCACAAAAUCACAUGGAAUAAUAACCGAGCUGACGUCGGAGGUGCUGAGGCGAUGAUUGUGUUUGUACGAUGA